AUGCAAGCUUCACCUUAAAGUAUUUAAAGUAGUUUUCUAACCAUAUAAAAAGUUGGAGUCAGUUCAGUGUUCUAAAAAUACGGCAAAGCAUAACAGAAUGAUAAGGGAGACAUCAAAAUAGAGGGUAUAGUUUCACCCAAAAGAAAUAAGCAAGAAGCCUCUGACUAUUAGCAAAUGAAGAGAAAACAAUUGGAAAAUUAAUUAUCACCUCCAGGAAGUAGUGUCAAUCUUGAUCUAGGCGAUAAAUAAUAUAAUAUAAGCGAAGAAUCAAAGAUUAAUUCAAGUAUUCCGUAAUUUCCUAAGAAAUAAUCGAAGCAACAGCACAUACCAUAUUUAUUUGAUCCUUCUCCAAGGACAUCUAAAAACACCUAAUUUACAAAAAACUCAUAAAAUUCUUUCAAGACUAAUAGAGUUUAGCCUUCGACAAGUGGGACUAACAAUUAAAAGUAUGUUCCCUAAAAUUUAGUUACAAACAAUAAGUUUGAAUAGAGGAAUAGUGUGAUGAUAAAAACAUAAAAAUCUCCCGGAAUAGAAGGAGCAAUAAGCUCUACAUCAAUGUCUAUUCAAGCAAAAACUAAUUCUGGGAAUAAAUGCAGGAAAGAUGAAUUACAAACAAGAUCGCUUAAUAGCAAUAAUCCCCUUCAAGCUUCUAAUUUUGAUGACAUGGACACAAAUUACGGGAUUGAAAAUGAUAGAUAACUUAUUAGAAAUAGCUCUUAAGGAUCAAAUAAUAAAAAGAUUCAGAAAUCUAUGAGUGCGAAAGAAGAAGUUUUUCAAACUCUUGGAAUGGGAAUUUCUAGUCCGGUGCCUUUAGAGGAUAAAUAUGGAAAGAUGACACAGAGGAUAACUGAGAUGGAUGAUAACUUAUAUACUACAGACAUGGUAGAUGAAUUCAACGAAGGACAUAAGUAUUUGCAUGAGCAUAUAAAAUUUGAUCACCAAAGCAUGUUCUUGAAAGAUGCGUCAGAUAAUUCAUUUUAAUCUAUGAGACCAAAUAAUGAUCAGAUGAGAAUUAAUUAAAUAGGAAAUAUAAACUGGAAUAACUUAGUUCAUGAAUACCGAACAUAGUAGAGCCCAUCCAAAAAGCAGAGAGAAGAUUAAAAUCCCAAAUUAAAAAGGAUAAAAAAAGAGCUUUUGUAAGAAGUUAAAUUGAUAUAAUAAGAUGGUGAAGCUAUCGUUGCCAAUCAAGGAAAAGGUUUUUUCUCCAGAAGUGAUCCUUAAGAUAUUUCUCCAGCAAAUUUAGAGCUUUUACUUCCAUAGUAUUAAGAGGAAAACAUCUAUGAAUAUCCUGUAACAAUUGAGUUUGAUUAUCAAGAUGAGAACAACCUAUGCCAUAAAAUAAGUUUGCAAGAAAAAUCUACGCUUCUAAGAUCAUUUAUGCAAAUUAAACAGUUAGAUGUAAAAUAUAUGUUUUCAAAGUAAUAUAGGAAUUAACUGAAAGAUAGAAGUACUUUGAGGUCCAUUGGCAUUUACCCUAUCGUCCAUUAAACAACUAUAAGCCUAAUCCAAAACGAAAAUUUAACCCUACUCCAAUAAUUUAUCAGGAGUAAAUAUAAUCAUUAUCAGAUUAAAACCUCCUUGAUUUGUAAAUGUAAAUUACUGCAAAACAGACCAAGGAUAAUUUUAGCUCUGUUUCGGAAAGUUAAGAGCAGCAGAGGCGCUAAUCAAUGA